CAUGUAGCAUUCACCACAUUUCCAAGCCAGAUAACCACGCAUCAUAUACCUACACACAUGGCUUUCACAAAAGCCACCACUUUCCACCUUCUCUGUCUCAUCCCUUUUUUCCAUUCUCUCCCACUCUCAACCGCUGCUGCUUCUUACAACAUCUCCGCUGUCUUCGCCUUCGGCGACUCCACCUUGGACGCGGGCAACAACAACCUCCUCAACAACACUCCCUACCGCGCCGACCACUUGCCGUACGGCCGCGACCUUCCGAACGGUGUCCCAACCGGGAGGUUCUCAAACGGGAAACUCUCGACGGACUACCUCAUUGGCAUUCUAGGACUUAAUAAGGAUCUUUUGCCGGCUUAUCUUGAAACAAGUGUAGUGGACAGUGACUUGCUCACUGGGGUUACAUUUGCUUCUGGUGGUUGUGGUUUGGAUGAGAGGACCAUAGAAAUUACCAGAGUUUGGGACUUAGCCAAGCAGUUUGAGUUGUUUGAUGAGGCUUUUCUGAGGAUGAUAAAAUCGUUUGGAGAGGAUAAAACUAGAGAUGUUAUUGAGAACGCUUUGUUCGUCGUUGGUGUUGGGACUAAUGACAUGUUCUACAAUGCGUAUCUUUUUCCUACGAGGGUGAUGGAGUUUGGUAGUAUUUCACUUUACCAGGAUUUUGUGCUCCAAAACCUUGUGGCUUUCAUUCAGAGACUCCACAGGGCAGGAGCUCGCCGGAUUAUGGUGGCGGGUCUCCCCCCUAUUGGCUGCUUGCCGGUGCAAGUGACUAUAAGCAACAACACCGAAGACUUGUUCCAGCGUGUGUGUAAUGACCAACAGAACACAGAUUCUCAAGUCUAUAACACCAAGCUUCAGGCCCAUCUUGAAUCACUGCGUGCCACUCUCAAGGGUGCCAAGGUUGGCUAUUUCGAUAUCUAUACGCCCUUCAUGGACAUGAUCCACAGUCCAGCAAAAUAUGGUUUUGAACAAACACUUGAAGGGUGUUGUGGGUCAGGGCUCGUCGAGAUGGGUCCUGUUUGCAAUGCGUUUGCCCCAACUUGUCCAGAUGCAUCUAAGUAUCUGUUUUGGGAUGCCGUGCAUCCUACUCAAGCCGGAUAUUGGUUUCUCACCGAGAAUAGUCGUGAAACUGUACUUCCAUAUCUUACUAGUUAAAGAGUGAUAUAUGAUUUUAGAUUUAUAUUAUUAUUAUGUAGAUGAUUUGUCUUUUUUCGUACGA